GCAUCCCGACAAGUAAAAACCACGGGUGAGGGCCACGCAUUUCCAACUUCAAUCAAGCACAUCAGUCUUCAACUAUUCAAAACCAACUCAAUUCUGCUGAUCAUCACAUCCCUGGCCACUGCCACCGCCCACGUCUCUUAGCCACAAACCCAAGCCUCAACAUUCCCCAUCCACUGUUCUGCUGCUCUCCGAACAAACCCCACCCACAGAUACCGAAUCAUAAGCAGCUAAAGCAGCUAAAAGAUGGCCUGCUCAUCUGCCCACGGGUCCCUCGUCAACCGCAACGGCCCCGGCAGCGCCGCCACGUCCGUCGCGGAGAGCAUCGUCAAGCCGGCGACGGGCAAGACAAAGUGCUUCGAGUGUGACGGCUACGACUGCUGCUGCAUCCCAAUCCCGUGCACCGUGAUGUGAAGGUGGGGGUAGGCCCUUGGCGCGGGAGCCAGUGAUCUUUUGGUGGUGGGACAAGGGGGUAGGUCGAGACCUGGAGUAGGGUGGCUGCUAUCUGCAGAGCAGCGUAGAAGCCUGAUUGUGGUAGCGGGUAUUGCUCUUCGUAGGUCCUUGUUGGAGGAAACCGGGGGCGGACGGACGUGUUUCUGCGGGACAAGGUAGCCGGAAUCAAAGGAGCAGCCGUUAUGCCCCCCUACCCCAACGCCCGCCAUACCAGCUCGUAUAGCCAUCUGCCGUAGUGACGUAGUCCGGCCUCAAGCGAAAUCCGAGUCCACCGCCUCCCAGCCGGCGUCCUCGCGCCCGCGCCGCGCGCCCUCGUGAUCGGCCGCCGUCCUCCCGGCCUCCUUCGC